AUGCGCGAGGCCAACACCAAGGUCAACGGCGAGCACAAGGAGUUCGAGGCGCAGCUCAAGGCGCGACGCAAGGAUUUUGGGGAGCUGCUGGAGACGUAUGCCAAGGAGGUCGAGUCGUAUGGCACCAAGAACGAGAUCGUCAAGAGGGACCAGAUCGCGGGAGAGGUGCCGGAGUUGGCAGAAAAGCUCAAGUUGGCGCAGGUGGAGGGAGACACCAUCAACGGCCAGGAGCGCCUAUUCGGCUGGGCGCCUACCAAGUACGGCAUCAUCGCCAAGCUGUCUGCCACCCUGGAGCCGUACGUCAUCCUGUGGACGACUGUCUCGCAGUUUUAUGACAAGUUUGCCUCCUGGAUGAACGGCCCCUUUUACAAGCUCAACCCCGAGGAGGUGGAGGCGGAUACCAACGAUGCCUUCAGGCGACUGUACAAGUUGACCAAGGUGUUCAGUGGCAGUGCGGGAGUGAGCGAGCAGCGGGACGCCCCUCUGGCGGUCGCGGAGGAGGCCAAGUCCCGAGUGCAAUCCUUCCAGGAACACCUGCCGCUCAUCACGGCCAUCUGUAACCCGGGUCUGCGGGAGCGCCAUUGGGCGGCGCUGGCGGACCUGGUGGGCUUUGAGAUUAAGCGCGAUGAGGUGACCAGCCUCAAACGCCUGCUGGACUUCGAUAUCGAAAUGCACAUCGCGCGCAUCAGCGAGAUUUCGGAUUCCGCCAGCCGGGAGUGGAGCAUUGAGAAGGCGCUGGAUAAGAUGAUGGCGGACUGGCAGGGCCUGGCGUUUGAGCUGGGGCCGUGGAAGGAGACGGGCACGUUCAUUCUCAAGGGUGGUCCCGUGGACGAGGCUCUAGGUCUCCUGGACGACCACAUUGUCAAGAGCCAGGCCAUGUCCGCGUCGCCCUUCGCCAAGCCUUUUGUGGACCGCCUGGUGCCAUGGGAGCGCAAACUCGUUAGAUUCCAGGACAUUUUGGACCAGUGGCUCAAGUGUCAAGGCAAGUGGCAGUACCUGGAGCCCAUCUUUGGCGCCGAGGAGAUCAUGAAGCAGAUCCCGCGCGAGGGUCAGGCCUUCAGGGACAUGGACGGCAUCUGGCGCCGCAUUAUGGACAAGGUUCGCGCCCAGCCCCUGAUGAUGGAUGUGGCAGACAUGCCCGGCCUGUUGGAGGACCUCAUUGCCUGCAACCAGUCGCUGGACGUGGUGGAAAAAGGACUGAACGAUUUCUUGGACAUGAAGAAGACGGCCUUCCCACGCUUCUUCUUUCUAUCCAAUGACGAGGUGCUGGAGAUCCUGUCGGAGGCCAAGGACCCGCUCAAGAUUCAGCCCUUUGUCAAGAAGUGCUUUGAGUCGGUUCGCGAGUUCAUCUUUGAGCGCAACGGCGAGAUUUCCGGACUCAUCUCCGUAGAGGGCGAGAAGAUCCAGUGGAUUGAGACCGUCAACCCUGCCGCCACAGGAGCUGUGGAGAAGUGGCUGCUGGACUCUGAGAGUUGCAUCCGGCGCACCUUGCACAAGAUCGCGGGUGACUCCCUGGAGGCCUACGCCCGGUCGGAACGCAGCCGCUGGAUCCUGGAGUGGCCUGGACAGAUAGUGCUCAACUGCAGCCAGGUGUACUGGACGCGCGAGGUGACUGACGCCAUCCGGACCGGCGGCAGCCGCGGCUUGGCGUCCUAUUCGGAACGGUGCACUCUGGAGCUCAAUAAGAUCGUGAACCUGGUUCGCGGCCAGCUGGCGUCAUUGGAACGUGCUACCUGUGGAGCGCUGGUGGUGAUUGACGUGCACGCGCGUGACGUGGUGGCGGCGAUGGCCAAGGAUGGUGUGGAGGACACGAGGGACUUCAAGUGGGAGAGCCAGCUCAGGUACUACUGGGAGUUCAACGAGCAGCCGCCGUCUGUGGUCCGCAUGAUCAACGCUGAGGCACUCUACGGCUACGAGUAUCUAGGCAACAGCGGCCGCCUCGUCAUUACGCCUUUGACUGACAGGUGCUACCGCACGCUGAUGGGCGCCAUCCACAUGAACUUGGGAGGUGCCCCCGCGGGCCCUGCCGGCACCGGCAAGACCGAGACCACCAAGGAUCUGUCCAAAGCGCUGGCCAUCCAGUGCGUUGUCUUCAACUGCUCCGAUGGCCUGGACUACAAGGCCAUGGGCCGCUUUUUCAAGGGGUUGGCCUGCAGUGGCGCCUGGGCCUGCUUCGAUGAGUUUAACCGCAUCGAGCUGGAGGUGCUGUCGGUGGUGGCGCAGCAGGUGCUGACGAUUGUCCGUGCCAAGGCGCUCAAGGUGAAGACGUUUGUGUUCGAGGGCAGCGAAAUCCGGCUGGUGCCCACCUGCAACACCUUCAUUACCAUGAACCCUGGAUAUGCGGGCCGUUCCGAGCUGCCGGACAACCUCAAGGCGCUGUUCCGGGACGUGGCGAUGAUGGUUCCCGACUACGCCAUGAUCUCCGAGAUCAUUUUAUACAGCUACGGCUACCUGGAGGCUCGAGCCAUGGCGCGCAAGCUGGUGCAGACGUACCGCCUGUGCUCCGAGCAGCUGUCCAGCCAGGACCACUACGAUUACGGCAUGCGCGCUGUGAUGAGCGUGCUGCGUGCAGCCGGCAACCUGAAGCGCGUCUUUCCAGACUCGGCAGAGGAUGUGCUGAUGCUGCGCGCCAUCAACGAUGUCAACCUGCCUAAGUUUCUGGACCAGGACGUGCCCCUCUUCAACGGCAUCCUUUCUGACCUCUUCCCCGGUGUCGCCCUGCCUGUCGUGGACUACGACAACCUUGUCGCCGCCAUUAAGGAUAACUGCACAAAGGCCAACUUACAAUCCCUCGACAGCUUCAUCAUCAAGAUCAUUCAGCUGUACGAGAUGAUCAUUGUACGGCACGGCCUGAUGCUUGUGGGACAGUCGUUCGGCAUGAAAACCGCGGCCUACCGCAUCCUGGCAGCGGCGCUAUCAGACCUACACGCGAAGGGUCUUAAUAAGGAAUUCAACACCAAGUACUAUGUGCUGAACCCCAAGUCGAUCACCAUGGGUCAGCUGUAUGGCGCAGAGGAUCCGGUUUCGAAGGAAUGGACGGACGGCGUGCUGGCGGUGGUUUUCCGCAACACCGCACGUGACACAUCGCCGGAUCGCAAGUGGGUCAUCUUUGACGGGCCAGUGGACGCCAUUUGGAUUGAGAACAUGAACACGGUGCUGGACGACAACAAGAAGCUGUGUCUCAACAGCGGAGAAAUUAUUGCCAUGCAGGGUCUUAUGAACAUGAUCUUCGAGGUUCAGGACCUGGCCGUCGCUUCCCCCGCCACCGUCUCCCGCUGCGGCAUGGUAUACGUGCAGCCUGCGCUGCUGGGUUGGCGACCCGUGAUGCUCUCCUGGCUGCACACACUGCCGGCUGCCAUAACGUCCAGCCUCAAGCUCCAGCUUAUGAACAUGUUCGACUGGCUGGUGCCCCCCAUGCUGCGCGUUGCACUCAAGCUGGUGCGCAGCCCACAGCCCAUGCAGGACAUCAACCUUGUCUGCUCCCUCAUGCGCAUGCUGGAGUGCCAUUUGGACGAGUUCAAGCCGGAGGCUAGCAACGCCGCCGCUGCCGCCGCCAACGCCAGCCCUACCAUCAACGUGAAGGAGCUUACGGAUCAGCAGCUCACGACGCUGCUGCAGGGCUGCUUCCUGUUUGCCUUGGUGUGGAGCUUGGGCGGGCUGACGGAUGCGGAGGGUCGGGCCAAGUUCGACAUGCAUUUGCGCAAGCUGCUGGCACACGACCCCUCACCAGAGGUGGCAUCGUAUGUGGCAUCGGGUACGCCGCACAAGGUCACGGCGCCUUUUCCGGAGGGCAGGACGGUGUAUGAGUUCAUGUUUGACAAGUCUCGGCUUAAGUGGAUUCCCUGGCUGGACACGAUUGAGAGCAAGGCGCUGGAUGUGGAGGCGGAAUACACCACCAUUAUUGUGCCCACGGUGGAUACCGUGAGGUACACUUACCUGCUGGACAAGCUGGUGACACACCACAUGCAUUGCUUGUUCGUGGGACCCACGGGCACGGGCAAGACCGCUUACGUGAAGCGGCACCUGCAGGAGGGCCUGCCGGAUUCGUUCACCAACAUGCUCAUGACCUUUUCGGCACAGACCAGUGCCAACAUGACGCAGGACAUUAUCGACGGCAAGAUGGACAAGAGGCGGCGCGGAGUGUACGGGCCCCCCCAGGGCAAGCACAUGGUCAUCUUCGUGGACGAUCUCAACAUGCCGCAGGUGGAGGAAUACGGCGCCCAGCCUCCGAUCGAGCUGCUGCGUCAGUUCAUGGACCACAGCGGCUGGUACGAUCGCAAAGAGCUCACCAUGCGUAAGCUGGUCGAUGUGCACUUCGUCGCGGCCAUGGGACCGCCAGGUGGCGGCCGCAACACCGUCACCAACCGCUACCUGCGCCACUUCUCGGUCAUCAGCCUCACGGCCUUCGAUUCGGACAACCUCAGCACUAUCUUCACUGCGCUAGUGGAGUGGUGGCUGCGCAAGUACAACUACCAGGCAGGUGGUGUAUCGCGGCUGGCCCGGCCGCUGGUAGCGGCUUCCCUGGAGGUAUAUCAGCUGGCGCAGAAGGAGCUGCUGCCCACCCCCGCCAAGAGCCACUACACGUUCAACCUUCGAGACGUGUCAAAGGUCUUCCAGGGCAUCACCAAGGCCGCUGGCGCAGUGGAGGACAACAUCUCCAUGAUCCGCCUGUGGACUCACGAGGUGCUCCGCGUCUUCUACGACCGCCUGGUGGACGACACGGACCGCGUGUGGAUGGGACAAACGCUUUCCGGCCUCGUGGAGCGACACUUCAAGGAAAAAUUCAACAAGGUGCUAAAUCUUGAAGGCAGCGCGGAAAUUCCACCCGAGACCAUGCUCUCUGCGCUUCGGUCGCUGGUCUUUGCGGAUUUCAUGAUUCCUGGAGCUGAUCCGAAGAUUUAUUGCGAGGUACGCGACCAGGCGCUAAUGCAGCGCGUCGUGAUGGAUUACCUGUCCGACUACAACGCCACCUCCAAGAAGCCGAUGAACCUGGUCAUCUUCCAGUUUGCGCUGGAGCAUAUUGCUCGCAUCUGCCGCAUCAUCACAAGCCCCGGCGGCAACGCGCUGCUGGUUGGCGUGGGCGGCUCGGGGCGGCAGAGCUUGACGCGGCUGGCGGCGUAUAUCGAGGAGUAUGAGGUAUUCCAGAUUGAAAUUAGCAAGACGUACUGUAAGACGGAGUGGCAUGAUGACCUGAAGAAGGUACUUAGGAUGGCUGGCGAGGCGAACAAGCGAGUGGUGUUCCUGUUCAGCGACACGCAAAUCAAGGAGGAGAGCUUCGUGGAGGAUAUCUCCAACCUGCUUAACACAUAUGAGGUGCCGAACCUCAUGCAGUCUGGAGACCUGGUGGCCAUCUUCGAGAACAUCCGGCCCCGCGCCAAGGCCGCAGGCAUGGACGGUGGCCGCACGCAGCUGUACAACUUCUUCGUACAGGAGGUCCGUCGCAACAUGCACAUUGUGUUGUCAUUCAGCCCUGUGGGCGAUAGCUUCCGGGAGAGGCUGCGCAAGUUCCCCUCCCUCGUCAACUGCACCACCAUCGACUGGUUUACCAAAUGGCCGACUGAUGCGCUCCACACGGUGGCGCAGAGCUUCCUGGCGCACCUGGUUGGGAUGGAGGAGCGUGUGGCGGCACAGCUCCCUGGACUGUGCGUGAUGUUCCACCAGUCGGUGCAGGCCCUCACUGAUCGCUACUUGGCUGAGGCCCGGCGCUUCUAUUACGUGACUCCUACCUCCUACUUGGAGCUCCUGCUCAGCUACAAGAGCUUGCUGGCCAAGAGGCAGAACGAGGUCAUGACGGUCAAACGGCGAUACGAGAUCGGUUUGGAGAAGUUGCAGCUCACAGAGGAGAGUGUCACUGGCAUGAAGGAGGAGCUCAUAGCGCUGCAGCCCCAGCUGGAGGAGUCCACCCGCCAGACCGCAGCUGCCAUGGAGGUCAUCAGCAAGGAGAGUGUGGAGGCGGAUAAAGUCAAACAGGUGGUAUCCAAAGAGGAGGCCACCGCCAGUGCCGAGGCCGCCACCGUCAAGGCCAUCAAGGACGAGUGCGAGGCGGACUUGGCGGAGGCGCUACCCGCGCUGGAAGCCGCCAUUUCGGCGCUCAACACGCUCAAGCCCGCGGAUAUCACGGAGGUUAAGGGCAUGAAGAGCCCCCCGGGGGGUGUGCGGCGAGUGCUUGAGGCCAUCUGCAUCAUGAAAGGUAUUCGGCCGGUGCGCAUGAAGGACACCAACACGGGGCGCAUGGUGGACGACUACUGGGAGGCGUCGAAGAAGAUGCUCAUGGAGUUUGACUUCCUAGAGUCGCUCAAAAAGUACGACAAGGACCACAUCCCGCCCGAGAUCAUCCAGCGCAUCAGGCCCUUCGUGCAGGAUCCCGAUUUCCAGCCCAAGGUCAUCGAGAAGCAAUCCCUGGCGUGCGCUGGUCUGUGCUCGUGGGUCAUCGCUAUGGAGAAGUACGACAAGGUCAUCAAGGAGGUGGAGCCCAAGCGCCAGAAGCUCCGGGAAGCCGAGGGCCAGCUCGAGGUGGUGAUGGGCGCACUUCGGGCCAAGCAAGCCGAGCUCAAGCUGGUGAUGGACAAGCUGGCGAGGCUGGAUGCAGACCUGCAGGACAAGAAGCGCCGCAAGGAGAAGCUGGAGCACGACGUGCACAUGUGCACGGUGAAGCUGGAGCGCGCUGAGAAGCUGAUCAGCGGGCUGGGCGGCGAGAAGAGCCGCUGGACCACGGCGGCACGCACCCUUGGGGAGCUGUACGUGAAGCUGACUGGCGAUGUGCUGCUGGCCGCGGGACAGAUCGCUUACCUGGGCCCCUUCACGGCCAUGUACAGGUCCACCGUGUUGGCGCAGUGGGUGGCGGCGUGCCAGAGAAGCGGUGUGCCCUGCAACGACCGGUUCAAGCUGGAGACCGUACUAGGAGACCCCGUCAAGAUCCGGCAAUGGAACAUCUGGGGUCUGCCCAAGGACGACUUCAGCACCGAAAACUCCAUCGCCAUCGACCAGGGCCGGCGCUGGCCGCUGUGCAUAGACCCGCAGGGACUGGCCAACAAGUGGAUCCGCAACAUGGAGAAGGAGGCAGGGUUGCAGGUCAUCAAGCUGACGGACGCAAACUACCUGCGUACGCUGGAGAACGCCAUCCAGUUCGGCAAGCCAGUGUUAUUGGAGAACGUGAUGGAGUCGCUGGACGCAUCCCUGGAGCCCUUGCUACAGAAGCAGACCUUCAAACAGGGUGGCGCGAUGUGCAUUCGCCUUGGUGACGCCACCGUGGAGUACAGCGAGGACUUCAAGUUCUACAUGACCACCAAACUGAGGAACCCGCACUAUACACCCGAGCUGUGCACCAAGGUGAGCCUGCUCAACUUCAUGACCACGCCCGAAGGUCUAGAGGACCAGUUGCUGGGUAUUGUGGUGGCCAAGGAGCGACCUGACCUGGAGGAGGAGAAGAAUAAGCUCAUCCUGGUGGGUGCCGAGAACAAGAAGCGACUCAAGGAGAUUGAGGAUGAGAUUCUCAGGGUGCUUUCAUCGAGCGAGGGGAACAUCCUGGAGGACGAGGAGGGUGUAAACAUCCUGCAGUCCUCCAAAGUUCUCUCCGAUGAGAUUAGCGAGAAGCAGCAAGUGGCCGACGUGACCGAGGCCAAGAUCGACGAGGCGCGCGCAGGCUACCAACCGGUAGCCCACCAUUCGUCCCUCCUCUAUUUCUGCGUCACCGACAUGGCCAACAUCGAUCCCAUGUACCAGUACUCCUUGCGCUGGUUCGUAGACCUUUUCGUGCGCGCCAUCGCAGACUCGCAGCGUUCGGAUGACCUGGACGAUCGGCUGCAGCUGCUGAACUCCUACUUUACGUACUUCUUGUAUCAGAACGUGUGUCGGUCGCUGUUCGAGAAGGACAAGCUGCUGUUUGCGUUUGUGCUGGUCAGCAAGUUGCAGAUGGAUGAGCACAAGAUGGCGGCGGAUGAGCUGCGGUUCAUGCUCACAGGAGGUGUUGCCAUGGGCGACCUGCCCUCCCCUAACCCCGCCCCGGAAUGGAUCAGCGACCGCAUGUGGGGCGAGAUUGUGCGUGCCUCGGCCCUCUCCGCCUCCGCCACCUGGGGCGAACUGGCGGACCACGUGGCGGCCGACCCAGCUGCUUGGAAGCGCAUCUACGACUCCCUGGAGCCGCACUUGGAAGCUCUGCCCGAGCCGUGGCAGUCAAGGUUGGACCCCUUCCAGAGAAUACUGGUGCUGCGGACAAUAAGGCCUGACAAGCUCAUCCCCGCUCUGACUCUGUUCGUGGCGGACACCAUGGGGAAGCGCUUCGUGGAGCCAAUGCCCUUCGCCAUCGAGCCCUCCUUCAACGACUCCACCGCCACCUCGCCGCUCAUCUUCGUGCUGUCACCAGGCUCCGACCCCAUGGCCUCGCUGCAGAUGUUCGCCGACGACAAGGGCAUCCGCAUGGAGAGCGUCAGUCUGGGGCAGGGCCAGGGGCCCAUUGCGCAGCGCUGGAUUGAGCAGGGCAUGGCAGAGGGCUUCUGGGUGGUGUUGCAGAACUGCCACCUGGCCAAGUCUUUCCUCCCCACCCUGGAGCUAAUUUGCGAACAGCAGCUGGUGGAUGGGAAGGUCAACAGGAACUUCAGGCUGUGGCUGACUUCCUACCCGUCACCCAUCUUCCCCAUUUCCAUUCUGGAGAACGGCGUCAAGAUGACUAACGAGGCGCCCAAGGGCCUGAGGGCGGGUCUGUUGAGAACCUACAUGUCCGACCCCAUUUCCAAUCCGGAGUUCUUCACCGGCUGCGUCAAGGACGGCGAGUUCCGCAGCAUGCUGUUCGGGCUGGCGUUCUUCCACUCGGUUGUGCAGGAGCGUCGCAAGUUCGGACCCAUCGGUUGGAACAUCCCGUACGAGUUUAACGAAAACGACCUGCGCAUCUCCGUACGGCAGCUCCGCAUGUUCCUGGACGAAUACCCGGACAUCCCAUACGACACGCUCGCAUACACGUGCGGCGAGUGCAACUACGGCGGCAAGGUGACCGACUCCCACGACCGGCACACGCUGAUGACCAUCCUGUCCACCUACUACACACAGCAAAUUCACGAACAGGGCUACAAAUUCUCUGUAUCGGGCACCUACUACCCGCCACCUUUUACCACCUACAAGGGCUAUAUGGAGUACAUCAACAGCCUGCCCCUCAUCGCUCAGCCCGAGGUGUUCGGGCUCCACGAAAACGCGGACAUUACCAAGGACCUGCAGGAGACCAACCUGCUGCUAGACAGUCUGAUGCUGACUCAGAGCCGGGAGGCGAGUGGCGGUGCCGCUUCUUUCGAGUCUUCGGUGGGGGCGGUGGCUGCAGAGGUGCUGGGUCGGCUGCCUGCCAAUUUCGACAUCGAGGCGGUGGAGAGGCUCUACCCGCAGGACUACUACAAUUCCAUGAACACGGUGCUGGCGCAGGAGCUGGUUCGCUUCAACAACCUGCUCACAGUCAUCCGCACGAGUCUCAAGAACCUGGGCAAGGCCGUCAAGGGCUUGGCGCUCAUGUCUGCAGAGCUGGAUGCCGUGGGCCGGGCGCUGUUCGACGGCAAGGUACCGGGUCUGUGGCUGAAGAAGUCUUUCCCCUCCCUCAAGCCUCUGGGCGCCUACGUGAAGGAGGUGCUGGAGCGGGUGGCGUUCUUCCAAUCUUGGGUGGACAGCGGGGCGCCCACCGUGUUCUGGAUCAGCGGGUUCUUCUUCACACAGGCCUUCCUAACAGGUGCCAAGCAGAACUUUGCCCGCAAGUGCCGCAUCCCCAUCGACCACAUCGACUUCGACUUCGAGGUGCGGGAUCUGCCGGGCCAGGUGGAUAACCCCCCAGACGACGGCGUCUACUGCUUCGGUUUGUUCCUGGAGGGUUGUCGGUGGAGCGUGGACAUGCAUGAGCUGGAGGAGUCCGAGCCCAAGGUCCUGUUUACGCCCAUGCCACCCAUCUGGAUGGUGCCGCGCGAGAUCACGCGCUUCCGUGUCUUCCCGCACUAUGUCUGCCCGCUUUAUAAGACCACGGAGCGACGCGGUGUGCUAUCCACCACGGGCCACUCCACGAACUUUGUGUUGGAUGUGCGGUUGCCUUCGAGUAGGGAGCCUGCGCAUUGGACCAAGCGCGGCGUGGCGCUGUUGACAUCGCUGAACGACUGA